AAAGUUUACUAUCCCGCCGUCGGAAUGUCGACGUCGAAAGCAUUCACCUUGAAGUCCGACCAAAUAUUCAUCACACCAUGCGUUAUUUGCAGUCGUACUCUUGACGUCUACUGGUACAAGGGCGACCUGAACGACGAUUUCCAGGGGACGCGAGGGGAACAAACCCGCCGCCGCCUUGUCGAGCAUUGGGACAUCAGUUUUCGAGUCCGCGUCGGCCCUCUGGAACAACAAUACAAGGCGCUGCAAGUCUUUGGGACCACGGUUAAGAGAAACAAGCUCAGAACGCUGGUGAACGAUCUCAUUAAGAUGCGAGGGGGCAGCUCCGCGGCGGGAUUCAACGUUUUCGUGAACCGCAUCGGCCUCUGCAUAAUCAGCCCGGUCAAUGGCGGCGGCGGGGGGGCCCUGCGGAUCAACGAUCUCUUUGGCUGGUCCAAGUACGGCGUGAAACUGCCCCGUGACGUCGGCACCGGUUACACCGUGUGGGACAGAGUCGACAUGUACACCGGAGAAACCGUGCUGGACGUUCGAGGAAUGGUGAGAGCCGGCAAUGAGCUGGCGGCGCGCAGCAAGCAGAUUUCGAGCAAGUUGGAGGAGGAGGAGGAGUUCACCGAUCGCCCUGAUGAUCGGGAUAGAUGUGACGAGAAGUUACUUGAUCAACACAGCAGCAGAGUGACGAGCAUUGGCAUGUACACUGCGGCGACGAAGGUUGGCGGAACUUUCAGCUCUGCGGAGGAAGGCAACCAGGAGCUCCGACGGAGGUUGGAGGAGAAGAGCGCAGAAUUGAUGGCAUGCAAGAAGGAAUUGGAAUGGAGCAAGAAAACGGAGUCCCUUUUGAGCAAGUUAGUGGAUGAGAAGAGCGCAGAAUUGAUGGCUUGCAGGAAGGAAUUGGAAUGGAGCAAGAAAACGGAGUCCCUUUUGAGCAAGUUAGUGGAUGAGAAGAGCGCAGAAUUGAUGGCUUGCAAGAAGGAAUUGGAAUGGAGCAAGAAAACGGAGUCCCUUUUGAGCAAGGAAUUGGAAUGCCAGCUGGAAGCCACUCAAGCUAGAAGAGAAGUUGCGUCAUUGAGAGCCAGAUCUGAAGUUGCUCUUGCAAUAAGGCAGAGAACCUUAAUUGAAAGGGAGACAGCUGCAAGAGAUGUCGGAGCUGUUCUCGCCGAACGAGAGGCAGCCGUUGCUGCUGCUGAGGCAGCCGUUGCUGCUGCUGAAGCAACUCUCAAUGAAAAUUUCCCCGGUGUGAGGGAGAUGUUGGCAACUGCAGCUGAAGAUGCUGUCCGCGCUAGAGAGGUCGCCGUAGCUGCUCAAACUCAACCGCGAUACGAUGAUUAAAGAAUAGUUGAACAAAAUACGGAACGAUACUUUUAGAUGGCGGAUUCAAAGACGGGUAGUUCUGUGAGGAAGUUUUUUUAUUGAAGAAGAGGCUACUUUCAAUCUAAUCGGCACUCGGCGACGCGAUGCCGCCUGCAUAACUCCAAAUUUGUCUCAAAUGUUCAAUUUUUUUAGUUAUAAAUUGGUAGUAGAGAAGAUGGUGGUCAUAGUAC